AUGCUUUUGCACUUACCUAAAUCUAAUCCCCUCUCUUACAGAUGCAGAGAGAUAAAGUAUGAUUAUUACAGCCUGCCAAAAACCUCUGUUGUGAUAGCUUUUUAUAAUGAAGCUUGGUCAACACUUCUGCGAACUGUUCAUAGUGUUCUUGAGACAUCUCCAGAUAUACUUUUGGAAGAAAUUAUCCUUGUGGAUGAUUACAGCGACAAAGAACAUUUAAAGGAGACUUUGGAAAACUACGUGGCCGGGUUACGCAAGGUGCGUCUUAUCCGUGCCAAUAAGCGAGAGGGGCUGGUUCGAGCCCGGCUGCUCGGGGCUUCUAUAGCGAAGGGAGACAUCCUGACAUUCCUGGAUUGCCACUGCGAAUGCCAUGAGGGCUGGCUGGAGCCGCUGUUGGCAAGGAUUGCGGAAGAAGAAACAGCUGUUGUCUGCCCUGUUAUUGAUGUUAUUGACUGGAAUACGUUUGAGUACUUGGGAAAUGCUGGUGAGCCACAGAUUGGUGGAUUUGACUGGAGGCUGGUCUUCACUUGGCAUAGUACCCCUGAAAGAGAACAAAAACGGAGGAAAUCCAAGACCGAUGUGAUCAGGUCUCCAACCAUGGCAGGUGGAUUAUUUUCUGUGAGCAAGAAGUAUUUUGAUUAUCUUGGUUCAUAUGACACAGGAAUGGAAGUCUGGGGAGGAGAAAACCUUGAAUUCUCUUUCAGGAUAUGGCAGUGUGGAGGAAGUCUUGAAAUCCACCCGUGCUCACAUGUGGGUCACGUUUUCCCCAAACAAGCUCCAUACUCACGAUCCAAAGCUCUGGCAAACAGUGUGCGUGCAGCUGAGGUGUGGAUGGAUGGGUAUAAAGAACUUUAUUACCACCGAAACCCACAUGCUCGCCUGGAACCAUACGGAGAUGUGACAGAAAGGAGACUCCUUCGAGACAAGCUGAAAUGUAAAGACUUCAAGUGGUUCUUGGAGAAUGUGUACCCAGAGCUUCAUGUACCUGAGGACAGACCAGGUUUCUUCGGUAUGCUGAAGAAUAGAGGAAUGGCAAACUUCUGUUUUGAUUAUAACCCUACAAAUGAACAUCAAGUAACUGGACAGAGGGUCAUACUGUACCCAUGUCAUGGUAUGGGACAAAAUCAGUUUUUCGAGUACACAUCCCAUAACGAAAUCCGUUACAACACCCGACAGCCAGAAGUCUGUGCAGCAGUUGAUUCAGGGACUGACUACUUGACAAUGUACUUGUGUCAAGAAAAUGCCCACAGUGUUCCUGAAAACCAGAAGUUUAUUUUCAGAGAGGAUGGUACUUUGUUUCAUCUGCACACCCAGAAGUGUGUCCAAGCAGAGUCAAAGGCUUACAAUGGUAACCCAGCACCGUUACUACGACCGUGCACCAACUCAGACUACCAAAAAUGGUUCUUCAAAGAACGAAGUUGA